GGACGGCGUGCGGUGGAAGGUUUCGCUGUGGAACGGCCGAGCGUGGACAAAGCCGGCGGCUGACUGUGGAAUUUAGACGGACGGUGGAAUUUAGAUAGACGGUGGAGGUUAGACGGUGAACGCCGAGUAAGACGUUGGGAGCUAAACGGUUGGUAGACGUGAGUAACGCUGUGAGCAGCGGAUAGUGAGAAGGGGGUGUGUGAGCCAGGUGGACGACACAUCCCUCAGGCACCGUUCGGCGGACGGUGAACUGACCUCUGCCGCGGCGGUCGCGCGGGAUGGAUGUGAGUCACACGACGCGGAGACCAGCCGGCUAAAAUGGGUGUCAUUACGGAGCGGGUCUCCCGCAGCCGCAGCGGGGACCGCACCAAGCCCGGCUCGCGCGGCUCCACCGGAGACAGGGUGCGCCGCUCGGCCACCUUCAGCGGCGAGAGCACGCUGCCCGGGUCACGCGGCAGCAAUCGCGGCAGUGCCAACUCCCUAAACAAGUCUCACAAUGGCUCUCUGGGCAGCCUGGACGACUUUGACGACUGCGACAACAUCAACGUGGUCGUCAGGGUACGGCCAUUGAAUGAGAAGGAACAAAAUCGCGGCGAAGACAGCAUCAUCACCUUUCCCGGCCAGGGGCAGAUGCUGCUGGAGCCACAGGCGGAGAACAUCAAGGCCAAACAGUUCCGGUUCAAUAUUCUGUUUGAGCCGGAGGCCACUCAGGAGGACGUGCUCAGUCACUCGGGCGCCAAACGGAUGGUAGAGAUGGCCGUGGAGGGCUACCCGUGCACAAUAUUCUGCUACGGUCAGACGGGCAGCGGGAAGACGCACACCCUGACCGGACCUCCUCAUCUGUUUUACAACAAAGCUUACAACCGCAAAUGGAAGCCGGAGUUCAGGAAGGCACCCGACAUGUACUCUGAAGACCACGGGCUCGUGUUUCGCUCCUUCGUUUACCUGUUUCAAGUAAUCAACGAGCAAAAGGACAAGGACUUUCUCCUGAAGGCAUCCUAUCUAGAAAUCUACAAUGAAAAGGUGAUCGACUUGCUAAACCCGGUUCAGCCGGAGCCGGGCAAGCCGCCGCGGAGUCUGAUGGUGCGUUGGAACAAGAAGAAGCGCGCCUUCUUCGUGGAGAACCUCUUCACCGUCGAGUGCGAGGAGCUCGACGACCUGCUGGCCGUGCUAGAGGAAGGUUUGCGGAAUCGAGCGGUGGCCAGCCACAACAUGAACGAGUUUUCCAGCCGGAGUCACACCAUUUUGACGGUGUACAUUACUUCCGAACAAAAGGCCGCAGAGGACUCGGACGUGUACAUUUCGAAGCUGGGCAAGCUCAACUUUGUCGACCUGGCCGGCAGCGAAAUGACAAAGAAGACCAACAGCGAGGGCAAAACCCUGGAGGAGGCCAACAACAUCAACAAGAGUCUCAUGGUGCUGGGCACGUGUAUAUCGAACCUCAGCGACCCAAAGAAGAAGACGGGUCACAUCCCGUACCGGGACAGCAAGCUGACCAAGCUGCUCGCCGACAGUCUGGCCGGCAGUGGCGUCACGCUGAUGAUCGCGUGCGCGUCCCCCGCGAGGAGCAAUAUCAGUGAGUCCCUCAACACCCUAAGGUACGCCUCCAGAGCCAAGAGGAUCAAAACCAAGCCCAUCGUCGUUAUGGACCCGCGCGAGUCUCUCAUCAUCAGUCUGAAGCGCGAGGUGCACAUCCUGCAGCAGGAGAAUGACCAGCUGAAGGCGCUGCUCAACAUCGGAGCCCACGGCGAGGUGCCGGCCAUCACUAACGGCACGCCCGGCACCGGGGGCGACGCGCGACGUCGCCCAUCGAUCGCCAAACUAGCGGUGGACAAGGAGCGUCUCCACGAGCUGAAGACCGAGGAGUUGAUCGAGCUGCUCCAGGAGUACAUGGCCAACAACACGGCCCUCCGUGACGAGAACCUGGACCUGCACACGCUGCGGGAUGCGCUGAUGCGAGACCAGGAUGUCAUCAUCAAGGAGAACGAGCGACUGCUGCGCAAACUGGAGGAGAUCAACAGCACGUGCAGCCGGUCCCCCAUCGUGCCGGCGCGUCCGACCUACUCAGCCGACCUGCAGGUGCAGAGCCUCAGCCAGCCGUCCACUCUGCCCAACACGCCCGAACGGAACGGACACGGCGGAGGUGACGGCCAGGUCAACGUGUGGACCAACCCGCGAUACGAGGAGAAGAAGAACAGCUCACCGAGGAAAUCGAAGGUCCCCAAGUCCGUCGACAAGGAGCUGGAAAAGCGACAGAUGAAGGGCUCAGACAACAUCAAGGGCAAGAUCCAGCAGCGGACGCCGUCGGGGACGAGAAGCGCCGACGGCAAGAAGCCCAAGUCGCAGGCCAUCAAGAACGACCUGGCGGCGCGGCGUCGGGCCGGCGCCUCGCCCGGCCGACCGCCCCGGGCCAACCAACCGAAGAUGAAAAAGGCCUCAUCCACGUCACGCCUGGAUGAAGUGAAGAAAAGGAAAUAAAGAGUCCAUCUUCGGCUCUACUUUUAGCAAUCGGAUGCAAACUCAUCCCAUGCGGGACUGACAGGCCACUGUCGUCUGUCUGUCAGCUAACCCCGCCUCACUGGUGACGUCAUCACCAUCUGUUAAUGACGUCACACGACCCGUUUGGCGGCCGGAGUGUUGUUUUGUAGCUGUCAGCAGGGCGCUUUGUGAUUUGGCUUUGUCUACGCCUCAUAGGUAUGGCCGUUGGCGAGGCAGGUCUGGUGGUUGUGCUGUGCCACCAGGAACACGACCCAGCUAGCCGUUCAACGUAUCCGUCCUUCGAAUCCGUCCGACUGAACAUAUCCGUCCACAUACAUGGGGUGUUAUUUAUCUACCUGAGCGCAUAUCACUCUCAUGAGAUUGCACCCUGAGUUGAUGCAGAGCACAAGACUUUUCGUCCUUUUUGUUUUUGCAUUUUGCGUCCGUGCAUUGUACAAACUUUGAUGCAGGUUCACACUACAGUGACCUCCUACUGACUGUUGUGAUGCAUAUGAUUUAUAAAUGUAAAUCUAGUCUGGUGCGCGCCCCAUUUUGUAGAAGGUAGGCUUCGAAAUAAUCAGGGCUUAUCGUAGAGUGCUGCCGUGUUCGUUAUUAGGAGACUUUUAUGUAGCUGUAACCAAUCAAUCAACAUUUGGUCAAGUCUGUGACAUAAAUGUUUCUAAGCAAGCCAGUUUUGUCAGCCGUAGGUACUUCGUUUAAUUCAUCGUCAAAAAACAAAUGUGUUCAUUGUUUAUCCUCAUUUGCCUCAGGCCGCAGUGCAAAUAACUGGGCGCUAGUUAGAUACUUUGGUGAAUGGUGACCUAAUCGUUGUACUAUACGAUUCAAACACCAGGGCCGCAGGGCGACAAAAACGCUGUAGCGAGUAGCGACACACUCAGGCCCUCGGCCGGCCCAAUUUCGUAAAAUAAAAAACGCGUCUUUUGUCCGACGCGCUUUUCGUAACAAAUAUUGCAUACAUCCGAAAUGCAAAACGAUCUCAGUAUCUGACCCACUCGAUCUCAAUUUCACUACUCCCAGUGCGAAACGAAUGUUUAGUCUCUCAUGUACUCGUACCAUUGCAACGGAUGGUUUGUAUCUAACUGGAUGGGUUGGCGAGUUGUUAGUCAGUGUCUCACUGGUUCCCUUGAGCAUCGAUGUUGGGCGUGUCUAUCCCGAGUUUGACGUGCUUUCUGACUUUCUGUACCCAACUGCGCGCCCGCGAUGUUCAUCGUCGAUCUGAUGGUAUCGUCUCGAGAAAUGCGUUCAAAGACCUGCAGCGAUUCUAUCCGAACAUGCAUGAUAACUACUAUCGUCUAAUGUAGACAAUAGUUGUUGGUGAAGUGCAAAUAACUAAAUGUAAAACUCUUAACACCCCUCGAACUCAUUCCAACCUAACAGCCGAUGCCUUCGAGCUAUGACUGAUCUCUGCAUCAAACGCAACUGUGGUCGGGUCACAUGUAUUCUGUGAUGUUUUGAAACGAUCCGCCGCGAACGCGCCGUAAUCGGCGUCUGAAUAAUACAUAUCACGACAUGGAC